UAUGUGUGAUUUAUUCGUCGACCCACAACCCUUCUAUGAUGCUUGUGUUUAUGAUCUUUGCGCAUCACUCCCUGAUGAGGAUUACCUUUGUGACAGUGUGGCAGAGUAUGCGCAGGCAUGUCGUUCUGCCGGUGGACCCGUCAUUGAAUGGAGAAGUCAUGUACCACAGUGCGGUUUCACAUGCCCUGAAGGGUUGAUAUACGAUGCUUGUGCCAGUGCCUGUCAGCCAUCUUGUACCACUGGAUUCAACCAACAAGCUAACUGCCCAUUGACCUGCGUUGAGUCAUGCCUGUGCCCAGAUGGCCAACUACAGGAUGGCAACGGCCGCUGUAGGGAGCCUCAGAACUGUGGGUGUGUAAUGACAGAUGGCAGCUAUAUUCCGUCUGGAGGUACAGUGAUAGAUGAGAACUGUGGACGAAGGUGUACCUGUGAUUCUGGCAGCUUCUUCUGCAGUACAUACUCCUGUCCGCAAAACUCUGAGUGUACAAUUAAAGGUGGUGUGCGAGACUGCUACUGUUUAGAAGGCUACAUUAGCGACGGGGAAGGUGGUUGCAUUCAAGGUCCUGGGGUAUGCGUAGUUUGGGGUGAUCCUCACUACAUUACCUUCGAUGGCCUCAUGUAUGACUUCCAAGGGUCUUGUGAAUACACCCUGAUCAGAGACUGUUUGAACACAUCCUCCCUUCCGUCCUUCCACCUGAGUGUCAAGAACAAUAAGAGGAAGCCCUCGGACCGAGUCUCGUACCUACAGGAGCUGAGUUUGGAGUACGUGGGUGCAGUGUUUCUGUUCCUCAGAGGGGGUGAGUUCCGACUCGAUGGGGUGACAGUGGCACUCCCCGUUCAACACUCAUCCGGGGUCGUAGUUAGAGAUGCUGGGGCUUAUUUGGAAAUUGCCACAACUUUUGGACUGAUCAUCAAAUACGACCGUGGCUAUGCCACUGAAAUAACCCUACCCUCCAGCUACUGGAAUAGGACCUGUGGAUUGUGUGGAACAUUUGACGGAGAUAAGUCAAAUGAUUUCACCAUGCCGGAUGGUACACUGACGUCUAGUACAUUUGAUUUUGGAAAUAGCUGGGUACUGAACCCUGAGGAGUGCGAUUUUGGUGUUGAUGAACCAAACCCCUGUGACGAUGAAACUUCAGACUUAUACCUGGAGGCAAGAGAUCUGUGCUACAUAUUCAUAGAGGAGUCUGGACCUUUCCGAUCGUGCCAGGACUUUGUAGACCCAUCACCUUACUACUCGUCUUGUCUGUAUGAUCUGUGUGCCACUCUACCUGAUGAUGAACUAUUAUGUGACAAUUUAAAUAGCUAUGCAGAUGCCUGCCGGAGGGCUGGAGGCACCCCAGGUGAUUGGCGAGGGGCCAGUCCAAAGUGUGGUCUUGAUUGUGAAGAAGGCAAGGUGUAUGAUGAAUGUGCUACAGCUUGCCCACCAACAUGUGUUGACAGAAAUAGUGCUGCCACAUGCACGGAACCCUGCCUGGAAGGUUGCCGAUGCCCGAAUGGGACUUUCUUGGACGGGGGACGCUGUAUUGAAGAAUCGCAGUGCGGUUGUCUGCUGGAAGAUGGGAUUUAUAUACAGACUGGAGAAACUUGGCUGGCUACCGACUGUUCCCAAAAGUGCGUCUGUAGUGGAGGCCAACUACAGUGUCAAGACUACGGGUGCGAUGAGUUUGCGAGAUGCAUCCCCAAGAAUGGUGUCAGGGAUUGCUACUGCAUUGACGGGUUCACAGGAGACGGUCAAAACUGUUCAAGAGCUCCUGGUGUGUGUACUGCAUGGGGAGAUCCACACUACAUCACUUUCGAUGGUCGCAAGUAUCAUUUCCAAGGGGUGUGUGACUACACUCUGGUCAGAGAUUGUAAACACUCCACAGAGCCUUCUUUCCAUGUGACUGUAACCAAUGUGAAGAGGUUACCGUCUGACAGAGUUUCCCGCACUCAGGAGGUGGUAGUGAAACUCGGGAAUGUAACGUACGCCUUACGUCAGAAGAAGGAGGUUCGUGUUGAUGGUGUUACCGUGAUGCUGCCUCUCGUGCGUGCUGAUGGUGUCAACAUCAGGCUGAGCGGUACUGAUGUGAUAUUGACGACCAGUUUCCAGCUUUCCGUCCAGUGGGAUGGCAAAACUGCGGUUGAAGUUAUCGUUCCUUACCAGUAUUGGAACAACACCUGUGGUCUGUGCGGAACGUUUGACGGUGACAGCCAGAAUGACUUUACUCUUCCCAAUGGCUUGCUGAAUGGCUUUCGUCCAAACAGAACCACAACUGGGCAAAUCCUUGCCCUGAGGCGAAUACUGGAAGGAGUCAGGGACAAGAACAUGUCGUGUGUCAUCACCUUCAUAGACUUCAAGAAAGCUUUUGACACAGUACACCGAGGCAAACUCAUUGAGAUCCUCCGAGCAUAUGGUGUUCCAGAGAAGGUAGUCAUGGCAAUCACUGCAAGCUACAACAAGACGUGGGCUAAGGUGGUCACCCCAGAUGGUACCACAGACCUCUUUGAAAUCACGGCUGGAGCUGAGAAUAAGAAUGAUUUUGGAAGUAGCUGGGCAGUCAAUCCAGACCUGUGUGAUCCAGACAUAGUUGAUCCAGGUCCAUGUGAAGAAGGAUCAGAUACUUACCGUCAGGCCAACGACUUGUGUUAUCCACUCCUUGAUGAAUCUGGUGCUCUGGCUUCUUGUCAUGACUUUAUUGACCCAACACAAUUCCAUGAGGGCUGCCUAUUUGACCUUUGUGCCACAUUACCCGCGGACGACCUCCUUUGUGAUAGUCUCCAGAGCUAUGCCCAGAGGUGCCGACAGGCAGGUGGCAUUCCUGGAGAAUGGAGAGAGGAAGUACCACAGUGCCAACUGAAUUGUCAGAGUGAGUUGCUUUAUGACUCAUGCGGUACAUCUUGUCCUGCUACCUGCCUGGAACCAGAAGGAUCUGAUAAUUGUGCAGAUGAUUGUAUUGAAACCUGCCGCUGUCCAGAAGGUCUGCUUCUUGAAGGAGAUCACUGCAUCCAAGCUUCUGAAUGUGGCUGCUUCUUAGAGGAUGGAUCAUACCUGGAAAAUGAUGGAGUUUGGGUGUCUCAUGACUGCUCUUUGAAAUGUGUUUGUGGUGAAGCUGGAGAUGUGAUAUGUACAAGUAUGGAAUGUCACGAGUCUGCACGAUGUGCCAUCAAGAACGGUGUUAGGGACUGUUACUGUAAGAGAGGUUUUACUGGAGAUGGACUCAACUGCCAAGCAGCUCCUGGUGUAUGUACUGCAUGGGGAGAUCCACAUUAUGUCACUUUUGACGGUCUGAAGUAUGACUUCCAAGGAGAUUGUGAUUACACUCUUGUCAGAGAUUGCAGAAACACUUCAGCUCUUGCAUCCUUCCAUGUGAUGGCUAAGAAUGUCAAAAACAAGCCUUCUGAACGUGUAUCCUACACUCAAGAAGUUAGAUUGGAGUUUGGAGGCACUUUGUAUUCUCUACUAAGGGAUGGAGAGGUUCGAAUCAACGGUGUGACUGUAACAUUACCCUCCAUGCGUCUUGAUGGAGUCCAUAUCUACAAUUCUGGUCGCAAUGUGAUUUUAACAACUGACUUCCAGUUGGAGAUUGUUUGGAAUAAAAAUACAGACGUCAUGGUGACAGUUCCUCAAGCCUACUGGAACAGAACUUGUGGUCUUUGUGGAACAUUCAACGGAGACAAGCAUGAUGAUUUUAUUCUACCAGAUGGAUCCCAGAGUGAUGAUCUACUUCGAUUUGGAAACAGCUGGGUUUUGGAUGAAGACCAAUGUGAUCCUACAAUAGAGAUGCCAGAUCCGUGCGAUGAGGGCACAGAACCAUACCGACAGGCUACUGAUCUGUGCUUUGUAGUCAUCGAUCAAAACGGUCCAUUUGCAUCAUGCCAUGAUUUUGUUGAUCCUGUUGCGUAUCAUGAAUCUUGUGUGUAUGAUCUUUGUGCUACACUUCCUGAAGAUGACGUGAUCUGUUCCAGUCUUCAGACUUACGCAGAUGUUUGCCGUCUUGCUGGAAGUAUGGUUGAUGACUGGAGAGCAGUUAGAACGCAAUGUGAACUGAAUUGUCGGAGUGAGUUGGUUUAUGACUCAUGUGGUACAUCUUGUCCUGCUACCUGCCUGGAACCAGAAGGAUCUGAUAAUUGUGCAGAUGAUUGUAUUGAAACCUGCCGCUGUCCAGAAGGUCUGCUUCUUGAAGGAGAUCACUGCAUCCAACCUUCUGAAUGUGGCUGCUUCUUAGAGGAUGGAUCAUACCUGGAAAAUGAUGGAGUUUGGGUGUCUCAUGACUGCUCUUUGAAAUGUGUUUGUGGUGAAGCUGGAGAUGUGAUAUGUACAAGUAUGGAAUGUCACGAGUCUGCACAAUGUGCCAUCAAGAACGGUGUUAGGGACUGUUACUGUAAGAGAGGUUUUAUUGGAGAUGGACUCAACUGCCAAGCAGCUCCUGGUGUAUGUACUGCAUGGGGAGAUCCACAUUAUGUCACUUUUGACGGUCUGAAGUAUGACUUCCAAGGAGAUUGUGAUUACACUCUUGUCAGAGAUUGCACAAACACUUCAGCUCUUGCAUCCUUCCAUGUGAUGGCUAAGAAUGUCAAAAACAAGCCUUCUGAACGUGUAUCCUACACUCAAGAAGUUAGAUUGGAGUUUGGAGGCACUUUGUAUUCUCUACUAAGGGAUGGAGAGGUUCGAAUCAACGGUGUGACUGUAACAUUACCCUCCAUGCGUCUUGAUGGAGUCCAUAUCUACAAUUCUGGUCGCAAUGUGAUUUUAACAACUGACUUCCAGUUGGAGAUUGUUUGGAAUAAAAAGACAGACGUCAUGGUGACAGUUCCUCAAGCCUACUGGAACAGAACUUGUGGUCUUUGUGGAACAUUCAACGGAGACAAGCAUGAUGAUUUUAUUCUACCAGAUGGAUCCCAGAGUGAUGAUCUACUUCGAUUUGGAAACAGCUGGGUUUUGGAUGAAGACCAAUGUGAUCCUACAAUAGAGAUGCCAGAUCCGUGCGAUGAGGGCACAGAACCAUACCGACAGGCUACUGAUCUGUGCUUUGUACUCAUCGAUCAAAACGGUCCAUUUGCAUCAUGCCAUGAUUUUGUUGAUCCUGUUGCGUAUCAUGAAUCUUGUGUGUAUGAUCUUUGUGCUACACUUCCUGAAGAUGGCGUGAUCUGUUCCAGUCUUGAGACUUAUGCAGAUGUUUGCCGUCUUGCUGGAAGUAUGGUUGGUGACUGGAGAGCAGUUAGAAAGCAAUGUGAUUUGAAUUGUCGGAGUGAGUUGGUUUAUGACUCAUGUGGUACAUCUUGUCCUGCUACCUGCUUGGAACCUGAAGGAUCUGAUAAUUGUGCAGAUGAUUGUAUUGAAACCUGCCGCUGUCCAGAAGGUCUGCUUCUUGAAGGAGAUCACUGCAUCCAACCUUCUGAAUGUGGCUGCUUCUUAGAGGAUGGAUCAUACCUGGAAAAUGAUGGAGUUUGGGUGUCUCAUGACUGCUCUUUGAAAUGUGUUUGUGGUGAAGCUGGAGAUGUGAUAUGUACAAGUAUGGAAUGUCACGAGUCUGCACAAUGUGCCAUCAAGAACGGUGUUAGGGACUGUUACUGUAAGAGAGGUUUUAUUGGAGAUGGACUCAACUGCCAAGCAGCUCCUGGUGUAUGUACUGCAUGGGGAGAUCCACAUUAUGUCACUUUUGACGGUCUGAAGUAUGACUUCCAAGGAGAUUGUGAUUACACUCUUGUCAGAGAUUGCAGAAACACUUCAGCUCUUGCAUCCUUCCAUGUGAUGGCUAAGAAUGUCAAAAACAAGCCUUCUGAACGUGUAUCCUACACUCAAGAAGUUAGAUUGGAGUUUGGAGGCACUUUGUUUUCUCUACUAAGGGAUGGAGAGGUGCGAAUCAACGGUGUGACUGUAACAUUACCCUCCAUGCGUCUUGAUGGAGUCCAUAUCUACAAUUCUGGUCGCAAUGUGAUUUUAACAACUAACUUCCAGUUGGAGAUUGUUUGGAAUAAAAAGACAGACGUCAUGGUGACAGUUCCUCAAGCCUACUGGAACAGAACUUGUGGUCUUUGUGGAACAUUCAACGGAGACAAGCAUGAUGAUUUUAUUCUACCAGAUGGAUCCCUGAGUGAUGAUCUACUUCGAUUUGGAAACAGCUGGGUUUUGGAUGAAGACCAAUGUGAUCCUACAAUAGAGAUGCCAGAUCCGUGCGAUGAGGGCACAGAACCAUACCGACAGGCUACUGAUCUGUGCUUUGUACUCAUCGAUCAAAACGGUCCAUUUGCAUCAUGCCAUGAUUUUGUUGAUCCUGUUGCGUAUCAUGAAUCUUGUGUGUAUGAUCUUUGUGCUACACUUCCUGAAGAUGGCGUGAUCUGUUCCAGUCUUGAGACUUAUGCAGAUGUUUGCCGUCUUGCUGGAAGUAUGGUUGGUGACUGGAGAGCAGUUAGAAAGCAAUGUGAUUUGAAUUGUCGGAGUGAGUUGGUUUAUGACUCAUGUGGUACAUCUUGUCCUGCUACCUGCUUGGAACCUGAAGGAUCUGAUAAUUGUGCAGAUGAUUGUAUUGAAACCUGCCGCUGUCCAGAAGGUCUGCUUCUUGAAGGAGAUCACUGCAUCCAACCUUCUGAAUGUGGCUGCUUCUUAGAGGAUGGAUCAUACCUGGAAAAUGAUGGAGUUUGGGUGUCUCAUGACUGCUCUUUGAAAUGUGUUUGUGGUGAAGCUGGAGAUGUGAUAUGUACAAGUAUGGAAUGUCACGAGUCUGCACAAUGUGCCAUCAAGAACGGUGUUAGGGACUGUUACUGUAAGAGAGGUUUUACUGGAGAUGGACUCAACUGCCAAGCAGCUCCUGGUGUAUGUACUGCAUGGGGAGAUCCACAUUAUGUCACUUUUGACGGUCUGAAGUAUGACUUCCAAGGAGAUUGUGAUUACACUCUUGUCAGAGAUUGCAGAAACACUUCAGCUCUUGCAUCCUUCCAUGUGAUGGCUAAGAAUGUCAAAAACAAGCCUUCUGAACGUGUAUCCUACACUCAAGAAGUUAGAUUGGAGUUUGGAGGCACUUUGUUUUCUCUACUAAGGGAUGGAGAGGUGCGAAUCAACGGUGUGACUGUAACAUUACCCUCCAUGCGUCUUGAUGGAGUCCAUAUCUACAAUUCUGGUCGCAAUGUGAUUUUAACAACUAACUUCCAGUUGGAGAUUGUUUGGAAUAAAAAGACAGACGUCAUGGUGACAGUUCCUCAAGCCUACUGGAACAGAACUUGUGGUCUUUGUGGAACAUUCAACGGAGACAAGCAUGAUGAUUUUAUUCUACCAGAUGGAUCCCUGAGUGAUGAUCUACUUCGAUUUGGAAACAGCUGGGUUUUGGAUGAAGACCAAUGUGAUCCUACAAUAGAGAUGCCAGAUCCGUGCGAUGAGGGCACAGAACCAUACCGACAGGCUACUGAUCUGUGCUUUGUACUCAUCGAUCAAAACGGUCCAUUUGCAUCAUGCCAUGAUUUUGUUGAUCCUGUUGCGUAUCAUGAAUCUUGUGUGUAUGAUCUUUGUGCUACACUUCCUGAAGAUGGCGUGAUCUGUUCCAGUCUUGAGACUUAUGCAGAUGUUUGCCGUCUUGCUGGAAGUAUGGUUGGUGACUGGAGAGCAGUUAGAAAGCAAUGUGAUUUGAAUUGUCGGAGUGAGUUGGUUUAUGACUCAUGUGGUACAUCUUGUCCUGCUACCUGCUUGGAACCUGAAGGAUCUGAUAAUUGUGCAGAUGAUUGUAUUGAAACCUGCCGCUGUCCAGAAGGUCUGCUUCUUGAAGGAGAUCACUGCAUCCAACCUUCUGAAUGUGGCUGCUUCUUAGAGGAUGGAUCAUACCUGGAAAAUGAUGGAGUUUGGGUGUCUCAUGACUGCUCUUUGAAAUGUGUUUGUGGUGAAGCUGGAGAUGUGAUAUGUACAAGUAUGGAAUGUCACGAGUCUGCACAAUGUGCCAUCAAGAACGGUGUUAGGGACUGUUACUGUAAGAGAGGUUUUAUUGGAGAUGGACUCAACUGCCAAGCAGCUCCUGGUGUAUGUACUGCAUGGGGAGAUCCACAUUAUGUCACUUUUGACGGUCUGAAGUAUGACUUCCAAGGAGAUUGUGAUUACACUCUUGUCAGAGAUUGCACAAACACUUCAGCUCUUGCAUCCUUCCAUGUGAUGGCUAAGAAUGUCAAAAACAAGCCUUCUGAACGUGUAUCCUACACUCAAGAAGUUAGAUUGGAGUUUGGAGGCACUUUGUAUUCUCUACUAAGGGAUGGAGAGGUUCGAAUCAACGGUGUGACUGUAACAUUACCCUCCAUGCGUCUUGAUGGAGUCCAUAUCUACAAUUCUGGUCGCAAUGUGAUUUUAACAACUGACUUCCAGUUGGAGAUUGUUUGGAAUAAAAAGACAGACGUCAUGGUGACAGUUCCUCAAGCCUACUGGAACAGAACUUGUGGUCUUUGUGGAACAUUCAACGGAGACAAGCAUGAUGAUUUUAUUCUACCAGAUGGAUCCCAGAGUGAUGAUCCACUUCAAUUUGGAAACAGCUGGGUCUUGGAUGAAGACCAAUGUGAUCCUACAAUAGAGAUGCCAGAUCCGUGCAAGGAGGGCACAGAACCAUUCCGACAGGCUACUGAUCUGUGCUUUGUACUCAUCGAUCAAAACGGUCCAUUUGCAUCAUGCCAUGAUUUUGUUGAUCCUGUUGCGUAUCAUGAAUCUUGUGUAUAUGAUCUUUGUGCUACACUUCCUGACGAUGAUGUGAUCUGUUCCAGUCUUGAGACUUAUGCAGAUGUUUGCCGUCUUGCUGGAAGUAUGGUUGAUGAUUGGAGAGCAGUUAGAAUGCAAUGUGAUUUGAAUUGUCGGAGUGAGUUGGUUUAUGACUCAUGUGGUACAUCUUGUCCUGCUACCUGCCUGGAACCAGAAGGAUCUGAUAAUUGUGCAGAUGAUUGUAUUGAAACCUGCCGCUGUCCAGAAGGUCUGCUUCUUGAAGGAGAUCACUGCAUCCAACCUUCUGAAUGUGGCUGCUUCUUAGAGGAUGGAUCAUACCUGGAAAAUGAUGGAGUUUGGGUGUCUCCUGACUGCUCUUUGAAAUGUGUUUGUGGUGAAGCUGGAGAUGUGAUAUGUACAAGUAUGGAAUGUCACGAGUCUGCACAAUGUGCCAUCAAGAACGGUGUUAGGGACUGUUACUGUAAGAGAGGUUUUAUUGGAGAUGGACUCAACUGCCAAGCAGCUCCUGGUGUAUGUACUGCAUGGGGAGAUCCACAUUAUGUCACUUUUGACGGUCUGAAGUACGACUUCCAAGGAGAUUGUGAUUACACUCUUGUCAGAGAUUGCAGAAACACUUCAGCUCUUGCAUCCUUCCAUGUGAUGGCUAAGAAUGUCAAAAACAAGCCUUCUGAACGUGUAUCCUACACUCAAGAAGUUAGAUUGGAGUUUGGAGGCACUUUGUAUUCUCUACUAAGGGAUGGAGAGGUUCGAAUCAACGGUGUGACUGUAACAUUACCCUCCAUGCGUCUUGAUGGAGUCCAUAUCUACAAUUCUGGUCGCAAUGUGAUUUUAACAACUGACUUCCAUUUGGAGAUUGUUUGGAAUAAAAAGACAGACGUCAUGGUGACAGUUCCUCAAGCCUACUGGAACAGAACUUGUGGUCUUUGCGGAACAUUCAACGGAGACAAGCAUGAUGAUUUUAUUCUACCAGAUGGAUCCCUGAGUGAUGAUCCACUUCAAUUUGGAAACAGCUGGGCCUUGGAUGAAGACCAAUGUGAUCCUACAAUAGAGAUGCCAGAUCCGUGCGAGGAGGGCACAGAUCCAUUCCGACAGGCCACUGAUCUGUGCUUUGUACUCAUCGAUCAAAACGGUCCAUUUGCAUCAUGCCAUGAUUUUGUUGAUCCUGAUGCGUAUCAUGAAUCUUGUGUGUAUGAUCUUUGUGCCACACUUCCUGAAGACGACGUGAUCUGUUCCAGUCUUGAGACUUAUGCAGAUGUUUGCCGUCUUGCUGGAAGUAUGGUUAAUGACUGGAGAGCAGUUAGAACGCAAUGUGAACUGAAUUGUCGGAGUGAGUUGGUUUAUGACUCAUGUGGUACAUCUUGUCCUGCUACCUGCCUGGAACCAGAAGGAUCUGAUAAUUGUGCAGAUGAUUGUAUUGAAACCUGCCGCUGUCCAGAAGGUCUGCUUCUUGAAGGAGAUCACUGCAUCCAACCUUCUGAAUGUGGCUGCUUCUUAGAGGAUGGAUCUUAUCUGGAAAAUGAUGGAGUUUGGGUGUCUCCUGACUGCUCUUUGAAAUGUGUUUGUGGUGAAGCUGGAGAUGUGAUAUGUACAAGUAUGGAAUGUCACGAGUCUGCACAAUGUGCCAUCAAGAACGGUGUUAGGGACUGUUACUGUAAGAGAGGUUUUACUGGAGAUGGACUCAACUGCCAAGCAGCUCCUGGUGUAUGUACUGCAUGGGGAGAUCCACAUUAUGUCACUUUUGACGGUCUGAAGUACGACUUCCAAGGAGAUUGUGAUUACACUCUUGUCAGAGAUUGCAGAAACACUUCAGCUCUUGCAUCCUUCCAUGUGAUGGCUAAGAAUGUCAAAAACAAGCCUUCUGAACGUGUAUCCUACACUCAAGAAGUUAGAUUGGAGUUUGGAGGCACUUUGUAUUCUCUACUAAGGGAUGGAGAGGUUCGAAUCAACGGUGUGACUGUAACAUUACCCUCCAUGCGUCUUGAUGGAGUCCAUAUCUACAAUUCUGGUCGCAAUGUGAUUUUAACAACUGACUUCCAGUUGGAGAUUGUUUGGAAUAAAAAGACAGACGUCAUGGUGACAGUUCCUCAAGCCUACUGGAACAGAACUUGUGGUCUUUGUGGAACAUUCAACGGAGACAAGCAUGAUGAUUUUAUUCUACCAGAUGGAUCCCAGAGUGAUGAUCUAUUUCGAUUUGGAAACAGCUGGGUUUUGGAUGAAGACCAAUGUGAUCCUACAAUAGAGAUGCCAGAUCCGUGCGAGGAGGGCACAGAACCAUUCCGACAGGCUACUGAUCUGUGCUUUGUACUCAUCGAUCAAAACGGUCCAUUUGCAUCAUGCCAUGAUUUUGUUGAUCCUGUUGCGUAUCAUGAAUCUUGUGUGUAUGAUCUUUGUGCUACACUUCCUGAAGAUGACGUGAUCUGUUCCAGUCUUGAGACUUAUGCAGAUGUUUGCCGUCUUGCUGGACAGAGGGUUGGUAACUGGAGAAGAGAGAGGCAUCAGUGUGAACUGAAUUGUCGGAGUGAGUUGGUUUAUGACUCAUGUGGUACAUCGUGUCCUGCUACCUGCCUGGAACCAGAAGGAUCUGAUAACUGUGCAGAUGAUUGCAUUGAAACCUGCCGCUGUCCAGAAGGUCUGCUUCUUGAAGGAGAUCACUGCAUCCAACCUUCUGAAUGUGGCUGCUUCUUAGAGGAUGGAUCAUACCUGGAAAAUGAUGGAGUUUGGGUGUCUCAUGACUGCUCUUUGAAAUGUGUUUGUGGUGAAGCUGGAGAUGUGAUAUGUACAAGUAUGGAAUGUCACGAGUCUGCACAAUGUGCCAUCAAGAACGGUGUUAGGGACUGUUACUGUAAGAGAGGUUUUACUGGAGAUGGACUCAACUGCCAAGCAGCUCCUGGUGUAUGUACUGCAUGGGGAGAUCCACAUUAUGUCACUUUUGACGGUCUGAAGUAUGACUUCCAAGGAGAUUGUGAUUACACUCUUGUCAGAGAUUGCACAAACACUUCAGCUCUUGCAUCCUUCCAUGUGAUGGCUAAGAAUGUCAAAAACAAGCCUUCUGAACGUGUAUCCUACACUCAAGAAGUUAGAUUGGAGUUUGGAGGCACUUUGUAUUCUCUACUAAGGGAUGGAGAGGUUCGAAUCAACGGUGUGACUGUAACAUUACCCUCCAUGCGUCUUGAUGGAGUCCAUAUCUACAAUUCUGGUCGCAAUGUGGUUUUACAGACUGACUUCGAGCUAGAGAUUGUGUGGAAUGGUCAGCAAAAUGUCAUGGUGACAAUUCCUGUAGCAUACUGGAAUAGAACCUGUGGUCUUUGUGGAACAUUUGACGGAGACAAACAUAAUGACUUUGCUCUACAAGACGGAUCGCUGAGAGAGAGCGCUACUGACUUUGGAAACAGCUGGGUGUUGGAUGAAGACCAAUGUGAUCCUACAAUAGAGAUGCCAGAUCCGUGUGAUGAGGGCACAGAACCAUUCCGACAGGCUACUGAUCUGUGCUAUGUACUCAUCGAUCAAAACGGUCCUUUUGCAUCAUGCCAUGAUUUUGUUGAUCCUGUUGCGUAUCACGAGUCUUGUGUUUUUGAUCUUUGUGCUACACUUCCUGAAGAUGACGUGAUCUGUUCCAGUCUUGAGACUUAUGCAGAUGUUUGUCAUCUUGCUGGACAGAGGGUUGGUAACUGGAGAAGAGAGAGGCAUCAAUGUGAACUGAAUUGUCCGAGUGAGUUGGUUUAUGACUCAUGUGGUACAUCUUGUCCUGCUACCUGCCUGGAACCAGAAGGAUCUGAUAAUUGUGCAGAUGAUUGUAUUGAAACCUGCCGUUGUCCAGAAGGUUUGCUUCUUGAAGGAGAUCACUGCAUCCAACCUUCUGAAUGUGGCUGCUUCUUAGGCGAUGGAUCAUACCUCCCUGUUGGUGACGUGUGGGUUGCCCCAGACUGCUCCAGUAGGUGUGUGUGUAUGGGUUCCAAACAAGUACUCUGUGAAAGGCGACAGUGUAACGAGUCAGCCCAGUGUGAUGUUAAGAAUGGCAUGAGGGAUUGCUACUGCAAUGAUGGAUUUGUUGGUGACGGAAUCAACUGUGCAACAGCGACAGGCACAUGCACCGUCUGGGGAGACCCGCACUACGUCACAUUUGACGGGACAAAGUUUGACUUCCAGGGCGAGUGCGAGUACACACUUGUCAAGCCCUGCAGUAACUCCGCUGAGGACUCAUUCCGAAUCAAUGCCAGGAAUGUGAAAUUGAAACCCUCUGAUGAGGUCGCCUUGACAGAGGAGGUUAUUCUGGAUUACGCUGGAUCUCUCUAUGCCCUGAGGCAGAGAGGAGAGCUGCGUGUCAAUGGUGUAAUCGUAACUCCUCCACUGCAACGGGAGGGUGUACAGAUCAUGAUCAAUGGUUUCAAACUGAUAUUGCGUACAUCUUUUGGCUUGACUAUUCGCUGGGAUGGAUUCCGAACAGCCACGAUCUCUCUCCCAAGUUCCUACAGCAACCAAACAUGCGGCCUGUGUGGAAACUUUGAUAGAAACCCUGAGAAUGAGUUCAUUACCCCAGACGGGCAAAUGGUUGUAACUCCUAAUGAAUUUGGAAACAGCUGGAUGACUACACCUGAUAGGUGUUACAAUGAGACGAUGGAACCCAACCCAUGUGAGGGUAAAAGAGAGGCUAAGGAACAGGCGGAAGAUCUCUGUUACAUAAUCAUCAACAACUUUGGAGCCUUCGGAGAGUGCCAUGAUUUUGUGGAUCCCGAACCAUACCACGAGGCAUGUGUGUAUGACUUGUGUGCCUACCUCCCCAAUGAAGAUGUGUUCUGCGACAGCGUAGAGGAGUAUGCAGAAGCUUGUCUGAAGAAGGGUGUGGAUAUUGAACACUGGCGGUCUGGAGCACGAGAAUGUCAACUUAAAUGUCCUGAAGGCUUGGAGUACGACCCAUGUGGAACUGCAUGUCAAAACUCAUGUGCAAUGCCAGAUGUGGAAGACAUGUGCAAUGAGACGUGCGUUGAGUCCUGCCACUGUCCUCACGGUCAGCUCGCUGAAGGAGGGCGCUGCAUAGAUCCAUCUGAAUGUGGUUGCAUCUUGCCAAAUGGAUUCUACCUGAAGGGAGGUGACGUCUGGGUGGAUGACGUCUGCUCUAGAAGAUGUCACUGCGAUGGGAGCCAAGUACAGUGUGAGGACUACAGUUGUCACCCAAUGGGGGAAUGUGCUAUUAUUAACGGCCACAGGGGAUGCUUCUGCAGGAAUGGUUUCUUCGGCGAUGGUGUUGAAAAUUGUACAAGAGCUCCUGGUGUUUGCAACGCUUGGGGAGAUCCACACUACAUCACAUUCGAUGGUCGUAAGUUCAACUUCCAAGGAGAAUGCGACUACACCUUGGUAGAGGUGUGUCGCAAUGACUCACUGGUAGACAUGCCCAUCUUUGACAUCACGGCAUCUAAUAUAAAGCGGAAGCCUGAUGACAAAGUGACAUAUACCAACAAACUGAGACUUGAUUUGUAUGGACGUGUUAUCAAGUUGACUCAACAUGGCGAUGUAAGCAUUGAUGAAGUAGAUGUCAAACUACCAUUUGUGUCAGUGGAGGGCUUCAAUAUUUGGUACACUGGAAAAGAAACGAUGUUAUCAACCAGAUUUGGUUUAUCCAUUCGUUGGGACGGAAGGUAUACUGUAGCCAUAACAGUGCCUCCAGCAUACGACAGUGCACUGUGCGGUCUGUGUGGAAACUACGAUACAAUUAAAGGAAAUGACUUCAUGUUGUCAGAUGGGUCUGUGACACCGGAUGACGCAACACUGUUUGCUAACAGCUGGGUUGUGGACAACGAAAGAUGUCAUUCUGAGCCUGGUGUCACGGAUCCAUGUCAGGUGUAUGCAAACCUGACUGUAGGACAAGAUUUAUGCUUUAUUGUCAAACAGCCGAAUGGUCCCUUUGCAGAGUGCAAUAUUCAUCUAGACCCCAAUAUAUAUUAUGAUGCAUGUGUCUACGAUGCAUGUGCCACACUGCCAGACCUUGAUGUUAUCUGCGAUGACAUCAGCAUUUAUGCUGAAACCUGCACUAAAUAUGGCUUCCCACCCUCACCUUGGAGGAAAGAAGAUUUCUGCCCACUCCGAUGUUCCGGUGGUCAAAUCUACUCACCGUGCUCUCCGGUGUGCCCAGAAACAUGCGCCAGUCGUGACGAAGAGGGCUCGGCAAGAUGUGAUUCCUGCCAGGAAGGCUGUGUGUGCCCACCUGGAUUCAAACUCGAUGAUCGGGAGUGUGUUCCUUCCAGUCAGUGCGGCUGCACGGAUCAAGGCUAUUAUUACUCGAUUGGAGAUGAAUGGGUUCGUGAAAACUGCACAGACGAGUGUAUUUGCACAGAGUCACAGACAGUCCAAUGUCAACCACUAGGAUGUCAUGAAUAUGCAUCAUGCGGCAUUGUAGACCAACAUCGUAUGUGCAUAUGCAAUGAGGGUUACCUCGGCAAUGGCAUCAACUGCACACAAAUCAGAGGACCAACCACAGUUGAGUCAACAACAUUCCAAACAACAAUGCUGACAACUGAUGACAGUACAACAAUAGUAACAUAUCAGAGCACGACAUGGGACUUCACAACAGAGGGCGCCACCACCACCGACGGUGCGAUCACAACUGAUCGUACCACGUUGGGUGCGUUGUCAACUACUGCAGCAUCCACAACUGAUGAGUCGACGUCGAUGCAACAAUCAACAACUUUAGAACCUUUGUCGACCACUGACGAGUCAACAACUACAGCCUUCACAACAGAUCGUACCACGUUGGGUGCGUUAUCAACUACUGCAGCAUCCACAACUGAUGAGUCGACGUCGAUGCAACAAUCAACUUCAGAACCUCUGUCGACCACUGACGAGUCAACAACUACAGCCUCCACAAUUGAUGACGCGACGUCAACUCAACAAUCAACUACUUCCGAGCUGUUGAUGACCACUGACGAGUCAACAACAAAAGAAGAAGCAACGACGUUGAAAGUGUCCACAACAACUCGUCCACCAUCAACAACAACUCUUCCAUCAUUAACAACUCGUCAACCAUCAACAACAACUCUUCCACCAUCAACAACUACACAGCCAGCAGUGACCACCGAUCAACCAACUACAACUAUGACACCAAUUACGUCAUCACCGUCAACUACACAACCGACCAUCCUUUAUAAUCUUACCCUCACAAAUAAGAACAGCACCUCACUCACCAUCUCAUGGACGAUCUUCGUAGAGGUGGCGGCCCUUCAGGUCCAGUGGCGCCCUCUCUCGGCUGGUUCAAACUUCGAGAGCAGCGGUGCUGUUUUUGCAACUCUGCCCGAGUACAAGUUGACUGGUCUGAUGGCAGCCACUACGUAUGAGAUACGCCUUGCUUUGCCGAGGAAUGGAGUGCUAGAGACUGGGGACUCUGUGUUUGAUACUACAUGUCCCGAAGGAUUCACAAAUCUCCUUUGUUCAGAGGAUAUAACCAUCUACGGACUUACCCUCGACACUGCAACCAGUAGCUCCCUGUCUGUAUCUUGGCAUCUCACCGGCCCAGUGGACUGGAUCGAGCUAGAGUACCAAGUAGUAGAGUUUGAUACCUCAUGGCGGCAAUCGUCCGUUCUCACGGGCACCACUACCUCAGACACCCUGUUCGGUCUAGAGCCAGAGCAACAGGUGCUGAUCAGGAUACACGCAAGGGGUCUAGACGGCACUGAUGCGUACACGGAGCAGAAAACAUUUGAGACUUGUAUCAGAUUCUAUCAGGGAGCUUCAUGCGAGGAAUCUCUACCGUAUGAUGGAAGUAUAUUCGGCAGGAGUAGUUCUGCAGUAGCAUUCGGGUUGGAUUCGAACCUGAACGCUGAUACAGUGACCGGACAGUACCUGAGUGGCUCCACGUUUCUACGGCAAUCCUGGGUCUUUGGAGAUACCAUUGAUGCUGCACGCACGUCGUACAUCUUCAAUGGGCUGAACCCCAACACCGAUUACAACGUGCGUUUCGUGUACGUUGGAAGCGCGGGAAAUGUGACUAUUUCACAGACGUACGGUGUGAACACGUGUGCCGUAGGUUUCCAGGGCGUUAACUGCGAGGGAGAUUACUCUUUGGGAGCAUACGAUCUCAAGCUGGUAGAAGCGGCAAGCACUUACUUCACUGUAACAUGGGAAACCACAGCCGAUAUAACAUCGUACGAGGUGCAGUACCGCGUUGAUGAAGGAGACACCCAGUGGGUAUCUAUCGGCCCGUUCGCGGCAGGACGGACGGCUAUUACAAUCGAGAACCUUUCCCCGUUCACGUUCUACACCGUGCGUGUUGUGUUAACACUCUCUGGUGAUCAGGGCAAUGUUACUAGCGGUGAACUCAGGUUGUUGACAUGUCGACCGGUGUUUAUUGGUUUGAACUGUCAGACAUACGUACCCACAACAAUAGCGCCUACUACGGCUGUGACCACACCCUUCAUGAAUACCUUCAAUGUGACGACAGUCAACAGCAUAUCCAUCACUGCGUCUUGGGCAACGUCUAUAGGUGUGAUAUACGUCCAGCUACAGUUCCGCGUCACAAAUACCGUGGAGUGGACGAAUGGUUCACUGACUCUCGGCCAACAUAACGUGUACGUACUGACUGGUCUGAGUCAGCAGACUGACUACGAGUUGCGGUUGCUGUAUGGGCUUGGGUCAAGGGUCAUUGUCAGUGAAAUCCUCGCCACGCAGACGUGUCGGAAGGGAUGGGCAGGCCGGACUACAUGUGACACAGACUACACCACUAUCGGAGCUUUUGAUGUCGUUCUCCAGCUUGCUACGAGCACUUCACUCGAGAUCUCGUGGGAUCUGAUGGUAGACGCUGACUGGAACUUAGUCCAAUACCAACUUGCAACUGUUUCCCACUCACAUGAGGACGACUGGGUCUAUUUGAAAAUAAGAACAUCAGAUACGUUACUCGGUGACACCUUCUGGCAAAACAGCACCCGUCUCCCAGGCGGGGCAACCGAUGCUAGCGUAACGGGACUUCGCCCCGGUGCGGGAUACUCUCUGCGGGUGCUCACCAGCCGUAUCCUCGGCGCUCUCACUCGCAACAAACGUGCCAGUGGCGAAGGUGUGGGAAUUAGUGCGGCAGUCUCAUACGUAACGUGUAACGAGGGAUCGAUGGGUCUAAACUGUGAACAAGAAGUGAUAGUAGCAACACCAGCACCAGAAGACCCGCUUCUCACACUGCUCUUCGCACUGAUUGGAGCAUUGGCAGCUUCUAUGAUGGCCCUUGCCUUCGUGGUCGUAUGGCUUCACCGCCGAUGGAACCGAAACAAUCCUAAAAUGAUGAGCCAGCCUGUAGACUCUUCAAGAAACAUCCAAGUCCGACGACGUCUCGAUGACAAUAUCUCCUUCGCCUCCUCGGAUGAAGCCUACCCUAACUUCCCACCGUCCGGGCUGGUCCGUCAUGACGGUGGUUCACAUCCCGGUCCGUACUACCGAGAGGAGGGCGCCCCACCCCACGGGUCGGUACUGCCUACGUUGGACGAGCAUCCGGAAGAAUACAACUCACAUUCAAACCGUGCUUAUGAGAUUCAUUAUUAGAAACAAAUGCACCUAUCAAUUGUUUCGUUCUCUAACAACUCGAAUGCGAAGCGAAGUUUAAGUUCUAACCAUUGAGCCAUUCCCAGCACAUGCUGAAGUUUUGUCAUGCUGUGAUUUCUCGUCCCGCUUCGCAUUCGAACACGAGUACGUAGACUAUUAAACUUCAUUUUUAGGAUUGUAAUCUUUUCUUUUCUACAAAUAAAAUUCAACAAUUAUUUAAUAUAGUCGGUUGAUCAUAUUUAAGGAUUAUAUCAGAUUAUAAUGGUGUAAUGAAGUCAUUCGGUUCUUAAGAGUAACUAACACGUGUCCAGCUUUAACAAACGGCGAAACACACAAUUUGUAAUGGUACUUAAGAUUACUGACUAUGCAGUUGUUUUAAAACAGUCGAACUUUUAGGUUUUGAAAAACACGGUUUCAACAAGUUUACUUGGCAACUAGUCUAACCAAAAGAACAUAGUAAGCAUUUCCAUAAUGGUUUUUUACUCCAAGCUAAAAGUCAAAGAAUUGAAGGGUAGAUUAUGACAUACAAUAGCCUACGUAGGAUAUAAUUAUAUUUACUUAAACGGUUAUUUCUUAUUGUAGAUAUAUUUUUGCAUUUAGUAUAAUUUUAGUUGGUUUUGAAAGUAAGCUAAUCACAAUUAAACUAUCAAAUAACUUCAGAUUUACAGAUUAUUUGAUAACAAUAGACUAUGUCAUGGAUUUAUCAUUUUUAGUACCAGUCCAUUUUAAAAUAUAUAUUCACGGAAAAUUGUUUCUAGAAUAAAGACCUUAAAAAACUAUUAAUAACAUAGAAAUGCCUCUUUAUUAUUACCAUACGUGCCGCUUUUCACAGUAAUACAGUUUAUUGAAAACAACAAUUUACAUAGUUUCUGCAUCUUAGAAUCAUGUUAAAAUCCAUUCUUCUAUUUUGUUGUGGAAUACAUACGAAUAUUAAGGAGCUUUGCGGUACGUCAAACAAACUUACAAAUUUACGUUCAUUUGGGCCCUGUUUAAUUAGUGAACAGGAUACACUUGGCUCUUACAAACUGCUUACCAUCCACAAACUGCUUACCAUCCACAAAAUAAACUAUAGUAUAGUGCAGUAAAUAAUGAUUUGACUUUUAUGUAAAGGUUUACGGUAACACCAUGUAAUGACUAUCUCUAAUG